AUGCAGUGUAAACUAGUGAAAUCAGUUCUGAAUGCCCUCUCUGGAGAGGAGUUGGACACACUGAAGGAGGAAAUGGAACAACUCAAAGAAGCAUUUUCUUUACCUGAAUUCUUUGAAGAAGAAGAGGAAGAAAAGAAGGGAGAUGAGGAGUUCACAAAAGAAGUUACGGAGUUGUUUUCAGAAUUGCACGUCUCCUCCAGGCCGGACAAACUGAUCACGGUGAGGACAUCUGCUCAUGAAUGGAUAGCACAAUUCAACAGUAGUCUUCCUAAAGAAGAAAAAGAGAGUGAAGAAAACCAAGAAACAGAAUCCAGAGAUGAUGACCAGGAUGCUCAAAAAUCAGUAGAGGAUAUUCAUGCAUUUGCCAUAAGAAGCCUGGCAGAACUGACAGCCUGCUCCAUUGAAAUGUUUCACAAAACUGCAGCUUUGUUUCUGUAUGGUCAGAAACAGGAGGUGACAGCCACAGACAGAGCCAAGUCCCUUUCACAAAUGACAAUCAUGCUGUGUAAAGAACUGUCAGCUUUCUCUAAAGAGUUUACAACGUGCUUAACAACGGCAGGGGUCAAAGAGAAAGCAGAUGUGCUUAAUCCCUUAAUCACUGGAGUGUUUUUGGAGGCUUCAAAUAGUGCUUCCUAUAUCCAAGAUGCCUUCCAGCUCUUGCUGCCUGUACUGCAGAUCUCUCUUAUUGAGGCUAGAACGGAACCAUCACAGUAAUAAAAAUCCUUCUAAUUAAGAACUUUUUGACCUUCCCACUUCGUAGUUUCCGUGCUGGAGAAUGAUGUAAUGGCUCUUAUUAAAGGGAAAAAGAUGAACUCUGUUCGCUGCUGCAGGAAUGGUGAUUAAGUGCAGUCUGGCAGUGACAGCUCUUACAGCACACUGGGAGAUGUGAUUAGCAUAGUCCAGGCUGGUGGACAACGUGACAGACUUAAAGUGCAGACUGCUUCUCAGUUUUCAUGGACUGUCUGUAUCUUUGCACUGAAUUCUCUCUGCUGUAUGUGUUAACAAGCUCUUUGUCUUCACAGUCCAGAGAGCUUCUCCAGUGCUGGAGAAAAGAGUAGCAGCUGGCUAGUUAAGAGUUAGCUAAAAUCAUGGUGUGAUCUUCAAGUCAGACAUAAUUAGGUUCCUGAUAGCUCUGCGCUGAUGUUGAAAUGAAUAUUGGUUAGGAGGUGCAAGGAAAGGCAAAUAUUUAUGAUUAUGAACCUUGCAGCUCCUAGGCUGGAAAGAAUAGAGCAGAGAGGAUUCCUAAUCAAGCUGUUGUUGCUGAAGAGAAGCCCCGGCUUCCUGAAGAUGUCUGUACUGACUCAGGGAUGUGGCACAGAGACUCUCACCAGGGUGCUGUUUCUCAUUCUCUCACAGUCUGCUUGCUUCAGCAGGAGCUGGGAAAACGCUGAUCUGGCCCUAAGAAUGCAGGUACUUGGCUGUAUAGCAAUAAAUGAGAACUGGCUAAGAGGGUUUGAUUUGUGUUUGGGCAAUUUAAUGAGAGAAUUUAGCAGGAGGAUUCCCCUUCUUCAGUGCAGCCUGACAUGUCAGCCACAGACUGUUCACAAACUCACAUACUGCUUUUCUUCUGUUUCUGUGUAAAAACACUGUAAUGCAAUGAUCCUUCUUGGAAGGUAUAUUAAAGUAGGGAGAGAGGAAGCAAUUUGGUUCUGUUAGUGGGAGUCCUAAUUUGUCUCAGAAGCUGCUCCACAUACGGUAUCUGUUUCUUUGUGCUGUGCAAGUUCCCUGCUUUGUUCCUUUUUCCAGUUUCUACCUUUUGAGCCUACCAAUGGGGAGGGAGCAGCCUCUGUUGGAAUCACAAGAGCAGAAAUGCACAGCUAAAAUGGAAUUUCAAGAAGUCCAUAAUAGCUAACCAGAGGUGACUGAGUGUCACACCUGCCUCUGCACUCGCUCAUUGGGAACAAUGAUGCUCAAAUCCCCUUUCGAAAAUCCUGUGGGUUUUAGCAGGUCUUGCACAUCUCUGCUAUACUGAAGGCUUAGCAUUCCUCUGCUCUAUUUGUGCAGUAGAGAAAUGUUUUUAUUAUUAGAAUACCUUUUGGCUGAUCCUCUGACUUUAUAUAUAUAUGGAAAAAGCCUUGCCUUAGUCAUGGUUAGACCGAUCAGAUCUCUAAAGAGAGAGGGGGGUUUCUCAUCUUAAGGAAAACUGGACUUAAGUGUAUCUGGGGUAAAAAAAUCUGCACUACAAUAAACUCUGUAUUUUUUCUUCUUUUGGUGGAUAACAUUAUUAAAUAAAGGAUUUGUUUUGA